CGCUGUGGUACAGCGCACCAGUGUACGCGCGCAACGGCUGCCCCACAACUCACGCAAACGAAGCGAUGGCAGCCGACCUCGCGCGCGACGUCGCAUCGAUGGCGCGCGCCGCCCGCGACGACAAAGACGGCCACGAAGGCCUGAUCAGGCAAUUGGAGCAUCUCCAGCCCCGCAUCGAUGGCAUCUUGGCGCGCGUCAACGACGACGGCAGCGACCAACACGCCAACGACCUGCGGCGCUGGGUUGUGGUAUUAGUGACGCGCAUCGCGGCCGCGGCGCACGCCGAGGCGCCGCGCGGCGCCGACGUCGUGGAGCUCGUCGGGGCCGCGCACGCGCCGCAAGCAGUUGUGAAUGCUUUCGACGAACUGGACAACGAGCUCGAGCGGUGGGCUGUGUGUCUUGAAGAUUUAACCUUACCAACAGCCUACUACUUGAACGACGAGGACGACGACGCCCCCAUCGCCAUCAGGGCCAAGGUUUUUGGUGGGAGGGCGUCGGCCAUCGCGAAGGCGUUGCUCGAUGCGAAGAUCCUCCCAAAGCUGUUUGAACGUAAAGCGGACGACGCUGCGCUCACCACAACUCUGGCCGCAGUGGCGAACACGAUGACGCGCGCGACGGCCUUCCAGGCGAAGCUGAGGAGACACGUGGCCUGCGACUGCGGCGACGUGGCCAUCGUUAUUUUGGAUAUGUUGGAACGGUGUUGUGUCGAUUGCGACGCGCGGAAGUGGCUCCGAUUGAUGACGCUGACGCGGGUACUGGUGGUGAUCACGUUCAAACUCAGGGCGGCGCGGAAAAGUGUUUGUCAAAGGAACCCCACUGAAAAACUACUAAAUAUCUGCGGCCCGUUCCGGGGCGAGGGUUCGCUAGUUGCACUCCUCAUCAAGCUCAACACGAAUAUCGAUGGAGGCUUCGGCCCUUCUUGGAAAAGGGACGCCGAGGCUCAUAUGAGGUUAUUGGGAGACGCCGCCGCAUCACUGGAUAGCACCGCGCGCGAGAUGUUAAGAAGGCACAUGGCGUUGCAUGACGACGUGCCGGUCAAUAGGGGCGGCCGGGCCUGGCCCAUCUUUUCGAAACUUGUGGCGGCCCGUUCAUCGCCGCGCGCGGAGGCGAAGGCAGCGUCUCCUCGAAGCUCGUGCGGCUCGAUGGACUCGCGCGACAGCUGGAACGGCUCGCCAGAUCGAAUGCGCGCCCCGCAGAACACGCCGGCCAAGGCGACGUCACCUACGAAUACCUUCGACGACUUUGAUGGGGCCGGCCGGCCCGUGCGGAUAGCGUUCUGCGAGCGCCUCGCGAAGGCGCUCGGCGACGUCCGCGAGGACCUGAGCGACGGGACGCCGUCGCCUCCCAAGCUCGCGCCGCCCAAAACGUUGUAUACGCCCCAUCGCCUGCCGCCCUUGGCUCAGGCGGCGCCCGAGGCGUACCUCUGUGCCUUGACGAAGGCGCUGAUGGACGAACCCGUCAGAAUUCCCGGUACGGCACUCGCCGUCGACCGGUGCGCGCUGGGCGACCGCGUCGCUUCUGGUAAUCGCACGUGGCCCGUGACGGACGCGCCGUUGGACGCGGACCCCGAGGACUUAGAUGUUGAUGAAGAUCUCGCGAGGGAGAUCAGCAAGUACAAGUUCCAGGCGCUCCUGCCCAAGGGGCCUCCACUAGUUCCGGAGCCUGUGCGGUUCGCCAGCGCGAAGGGGUAGUAAGAACACACUGUAUACCUUAUUGCACACUA